AUGACGGAUCGCCAGCUGGCGGAGGCGGAGGCGCUCGAGCUGGCGAAGAGGCGCGAGCGCGCCGCUCGGGGUUAUCGCUUCGUGGACAUCCCCACGGCUCGGCUGAACAGCGGGCACGAGAUGCCGCUGGUGGGCCUGGGAACAUGGAAAUCGGCGAAAGGGGGUGAGGUGGGGAGGGCGGUGGAGGCGGCCCUGAGGUGCGGAUACCGGCACGUGGACUGCGCGUCGCAGUACAAGAACGAGGAGGAGGUGGGCGCGGCGCUGUCGGCCGUGUUCGCGCAGGGAGUGGUCGGCAGGGCCGACGUCUUCGUGACAUCGAAGCUCUGGAACACUGAUCAUGGACGGGACCGUGCUCAACUAGCAUGCAAGAAAACUCUGAAUGAUCUUGGCCUCGAAUUCUUAGACCUCUAUUUGGUGCAUCAUCCAGUGACAGGAAACACUGGAGAAGAACUCUGGCCAUCGAUGAAGGAGACCUGGGAAGCCAUGGAAGCCUUAGUGGACGAGGGCCUGGUGAAGUCCAUUGGCAUCAGCAAUUUCUCCAUCAAGAAGACCAAAGAGAUCCUCAGCUACUGCCGAGUAAAGCCUGCAGUUAACCAGGUCGAGGCACAUCCUCAUUUUCGAAAUGAUGACCUGCUGAAGUGGUGCAUUGAGAAUGGUAUACAUGUUACUGCCUACUCCCCUCUUGGUUCCCCAGACAGUGCCGAAAUCUUGAAGCGGAAGGUGACACCGUCGCUUCUUGGGCAUGAUGUGGUCACCAACAUUGCAGAGAGACUGGGGAAGAGCCCAGCACAGGUGCUGAUUCGUUGGGCUCUGCAGCACGGCACCAGCGUACUGCCAAAAAGCGUGCAUGAAGACAGAAUCCAGGCCAACUUGGACGUGUUGGACUGGUCCAUUCCCGAAGCUGAAUAUCAGAGGCUCUGCAGUUUCCAUCCACAGUUGCGAAUGCUGGACGGUUCCUAUUUUACAAACCCCCGAGGGCCCUACAAGCGCAUUUCAGAUCUUUGGGACGAUCCUGAAGAGGAUCACAGACUUGCAAAGUUCAUCCAGAGCCAGUACGACCUCAAUAUUGUGACUCCUACAACGACUCUCAUUUCAGGACACCAGAUUCCUGUCAUUGGACUGGGGACUUGGCGUUCUGCAAAGGGAGUCGUCAGGGACGCUGUGGCUAUGGCGAUACGCUCAGGCUACCGUCACAUUGAUUGCGCAGCAGUGUACAACAAUGAGAGUGAGGUUGGAGAUGCAUUGAAUACGGUACUGGCAGAGGGUGUUGUACGGAGAGAAGAUCUGUGGAUUACGUCAAAGCUGUGGAAUACAGAGCAUGCAAGAAAUAGGGUCCUUCCUGCCCUGCAGCACUCGAUGCGGAGUUUGCAGUGCGACUAUCUGGAUCUCUACCUAAUGCACUGGCCCAUCACUGGGAACAAAGGCCCACAAGUUGAGCCGCCAAUCAAGGAAACGUGGCAAGCCAUGGAAGACUUGGUAGACAGAGGGCUGGUGAGGGCAAUCGGGGUCAGCAAUUUUUCUGCAAAGAAGCUGGCGGAUGUGCUAGGGUAUGCUCGUAUCAAGCCUUCAGUUUGCCAGGUGGAGAUUCAUCCGUACUUCCGAAAUGACGCGCUCAUAGAGUUCUGCAAGGGACACCGCAUUCACGUCACUGCAUAUUCGCCUCUGGGCGGCGCACCGGACACCUCCACCAUCGUCGGUAGAGAAUUGCCGUCGCCUCUCAAAGACCACACCGUCAACGCCAUUGCGGACAAGAUGCAAAAGAGCGCCGCCCAAGUCAUGCUUCGGUGGGGUUUGCAGCGAGGCACAAGUAUCCUGCCCAAGAGUAGCAAUGCGCAUCGAAUCAAGGAGAACUUGGAUGUCCUCGGAUGGAGUCUCUCCGAUGCGGAUUUUGGGCGACUGAGCGACCUGAAGCAAACGAGAAUGCUGGACGGAGUCUGGUGGCUACAAGCGGAGGGGCCUUACAGAACGCCGCAGGAUUUGUGGGAUGAAUAG